AUGGUGGUGAAUUUAGUGAAAACGGAUGGGCUCGCUGAAGGAGUUGAGAGGGGCACGGAUGAACAACAGAGGCGAACAGUGUCAAUCGCAUUCGCGUACGGUUCGCGACCAUCGCGAGCAUUAUCCACUGCGAUGGCAGACGAGGGUUUCGACGCGCGGAAGGCGGCGGUGCUGGCGGCGCUGGCGUCGGCGGAGCGCGACAAGUCGCUCAAGGGCGGGCUGGAUGCGCCGAUCGCGGAUCUGGUGGCGGAGAUCAACGGCCACGAUGAUCUCUUCACCACCAGCUCCGCGGCCUCGGCGAAGCGGGUGAAGAAGAAAGCGAGGGGUGGCGAGUGGCUGUUGGUCAGCCAUGACCCCAUCGACCCUGCCGACCUCGUUACUGCCGUCUUCUCUACAAGCACAGCGCGCACAGACGCCGACGGCAGCAACAGCGCCAGCAGCAUUAGCACCCCCGCCACCCCCGCCAUCUGCGCCUCUCCGCGCGCUCUCCCUGGCGAGCUGGUGUUCCGCUUCGAGCCGCUCAUCCUCGCCCUAGAGUGUCGCUCCCUCACCGCCGCGCAGGCGCUUGUCUCCUGCGCCAUCCGCGCUGGCUUUAGGGAGUCAGGUUUUCGCUGCUCCCUCGCUGCCGCGCAGGCGCUCGUGUCCUGCGCCAUCCGCGCUGGCUUUAGGGAGUCAGCCGCUCAUCCUCGCCCUCGAAUGUCGCUCCCUCUCCGCCGCACAGGCUCUCGUGUCCUGCGCCAUUGCGCGGGUUUCAGAGAGUCAGGUGAGGGCUUGGGAUUAAGGGGUUUGGUGUUAAGGGGUUUGGGAUUAAGGGGUGGGAUUAAGGGGUUUGGGAUUAAGGGGUUUGGGAUUAAGGGGUUUGGGAUUAAGGGGUUUAGGAUUAAGGGGUUUGGGAUUGGGGGGUUUCCCCUAUCCCCCCCUUUCCCUCCGUUCCCCCUCCCUCCCCUUCCUCUCCUCUACCACCGCUGUCCAUUCCCCUUUCUCCCUCCUACCGCCGCCCCUCCCCCCAGGCAUCGCUAG